GGAAAGAACUCUGGGCUAUGUUUAUCUGGCCUGCUGAGAAUGUUGGCCCUGGAGCCGGAGGAGAAGUCCCCGGCUUUUAUUUCUGGACCGGCACAUGCCUUGCAGGCUGGGACUCCCAGCUCUGUGAUCUUUAUUUAUUUCCUCUCCUCCUCCUCCUCCUCUUCCCAUCCUUUAUUUCUUCCUUGUCUGUAAGUGGAGAAAGUGGAAGGGUUCUGGGAGGACCCCCACCACCGUCCCCCAAAAGAGAUGUCGGUGAAUGGUAGGAGAAGCUCCGGCAGGCCCUCCUACUACUACCGGCUGCUGCGGAGGUCCAGGCUUCACCGGCAACGGAGCCGGUCCCGCAGCCGCAACCGGCCACUCAGCAGGGAAUCCCAACAGGACAGGACUGGUCAGAAACAGGGGUUGCCCACCAGCGAAGCCCCUGAGGGGAACCUCAAUAUGGAGCCAGCCGGAGGAACUGCAGAGACCCCCUUCCGCGUCUCGGGCUUCCUCAGCCGCCGCUUCAAGGGCUCCAUCAAACGGACAAAGAGCCAGCCCAAGCUCGACAGGAACGGCAGCUUCCGGCACAUUCUCCCUGGCUUCAGGACCACCCUGGACAAUGAGAGACCCCAUCUGAUGCCGAAGCUGAAGGAGUCGCGCUCCCACGAGUCCCUGCUCAGUCCCAAUAGCACGGUGCAGGCCCUGGACCUCAGCAUGGAGGAGGAGGUGGUCAUCAAGCCCGUGCACAGGAGCAUCUUGGGGCAGGACUUCUGCUUCGAGGUGACAACGUCCUCCGGCAGCAAAUGCUUCUCCUGCCGAUCUGCAGCCGAACGCGACAAAUGGAUGGAGAACUUGCGGCGGGCCGUCCACCCAAACAAGGACAACAGCCGGCGGGUGGAGAACAUGCUCACGCUGUGGAUCAUCGAGGCCAAGGACCUGCCGGCCAAGAAGAAGUACUUGUGCGAGCUCUGCCUGGACGAGGUGCUCUACGCUCGGACCACUUGCAAGUUGAAAACGGACAAUGUCUUUUGGGGGGAGCACUUUGACUUCUAUAACCUGCCCUCCGUCCGGAGCAUCACCGUCCACCUCUACAAGGAGACGGACAAGAAGAAGAAGAAGGACAAGACCAACUUUGUGGGCAUGGUCAGCAUCCCGGCCGCCUCCGUCACCGGGCGGCUGUUUGUGGAGAGGUGGUACCAUGUGGUGACUCCCAACCCGGGCAAGGGCAAGUCCGGGCCCCCUCCCAUGAUCCGCAUCAGGUCCCGCUACCAGAGCAUGAACAUCCUGCCCAUGGAGAUGUACAAGGAGUUUGCUGAGUAUGUCACCAACAACUAUAUGGUCUUCUGCUCGGUGCUGGAGCCCAACCUGAGCGUCAAGAACAAGGAGGAGAUGGCCAUUGCCCUCAUCCACAUCCUGCAGAGCACUGGGAAGGCCAAGGAUUUCCUGACCGACCUCAUGAUGUCAGAGGUUGACCGCUGCGGCGACAACGAGCACCUUCUCUUCCGGGAGAACACGCUUGCCACCAAGGCCAUCGAGGAAUACCUGAAGCUGGUGGGGCAGAAGUACUUGCAAGACGCCUUAGGGGAGUUCAUCAAGGCGCUGUACGAGUCGGACGAAAACUGCGAGGUGGACCCGAACAAGUGCUCCUCCUCGGACCUCCCAGAGCACCAGAGCAACCUGAAGAUGUGCUGUGAACUAGCCUUCUGCAAGAUCAUCAAUUCCUAUUGCGUCUUUCCCCGGGAGCUGAAGGAGGUCUUUGCCUCGUGGCGCCAGGAGUGCAACAGCCGGGGCCGGCCGGACAUCAGCGAGCGGCUCAUCAGCGCCUCCCUCUUCCUGCGCUUACUCUGCCCGGCCAUCAUGUCCCCCUCCCUUUUCCACCUGCUCCAGGAGUAUCCCGACGACCGCACCGCCCGCACACUCACCCUCAUCGCCAAGGUCACCCAGAACCUGGCCAACUUCGCCAAGUUUGGGAGCAAGGAAGAGUACAUGUCCUUCAUGAACCAGUUCCUGGAGCACGAGUGGACCAACAUGCAGCGCUUCCUCCUGGAGAUCUCCAACCCAGAGACGCUGUCCAACACGGCCGGCUUUGAAGGCUACAUCGAUCUGGGCCGGGAGCUCUCCGCCUUACACGCCAUCCUCUGGGACGUCGUGACGUUCCUGGACCAGAGCAUCACUGCCAAGCUGGGGCCCUUGCCGCGCAUCCUGAGGGACAUCAGCGCCGCCCUGAGCAACCCGGCCUCCUGCCUGCAAGUCUCCGUCCCCACCGACCAUGGCGCCUCCACACCCGGCGCUCCCGGCGGCGGCGGCAUCUCCGCCGGGCUGCAGAAGAUGGUGAUCGAGAAUGACUUGUCUGGUCUGAUUGAUUUCACCCGGUUACCGUCUCCAACCCCUGAAAACAAGGACUUGUUUUUUGUCACAAGGUCUGCGGCGGGCCCCCAGCCCUCCCCGGCCCGGAGCUCCAGCUAUUCGGAGGCCAAUGAGCCCGAAGCCCCGAUGGCCAAUGGCGGCAAGAGCCUCUCCAUGGUGGACUUGCAGGACAAUCGCAUUUUGGACAGUGGGGCCACCGGGGCCCCGAGCCUGGCCGAGGCUCUCCUCGAGAGCCAGCCGGUCCCGGUGAGCCUGUGGUGCACGCAGGUGCAGCCCGGCGGUGGCGUGUCCGCCAUGGCCACCGUGCGCCGGGCGGGGCAGACCCCCACCACCCCCUGCGCCGAGAGCAUCCCCGGCCGGCCCCAGCUCCUGGCCCCGCUCUCCUUCCAGAACCCGGUGUACCAGAUGGCAGCCGGCCUGCCGCUCUCCCCCCGGGGCCCGCCCGACUCGGGCUCCGAGUGCCACAGCUCCCUCAGCUCCCACAGCAACAGCGAGGACUUGGCGGCCUCCGCCGCAAAGCACGGCUUCGGGAACACGGCCGCUGCCGCUGCCGCCACAGAGGACUUCAACCGGCGCGCGGGGGAGCUUGCCCGCCGUCAGCUCUCGCUGACCAUGGACAAGGCCGGCCAGCCCACCAUGCCGCGGCAGAACAGCGGCGGGCCCCAGCGGCGGAUAGACCAGCCGCCGCCACCUCCGCCGCCGCCUCCCAUCUCGCGGGGCAGGACCCCGCCCUCGCUGCUCAGCACCAUGCAGUACCCGCGCCCCUCCAGCGGGGGCGUGCUCUCCUCCUCGCCCGAUUGGCCCCUCGCGGGCGGAGGGGGCGGGGCCCGGCUCCGUCAGCAGUCCUCCUCCUCCAAGGGAGACAGUCCCGAGAUGAAGCAGCGCACCAUGCACAAGCAGGCCCCUUCACCCGUGCAUCCCAAUGCCCUGGACCGCACAGCCGCUUGGCUGUUGAAUAUGAACGUGCAAUUUUUAGAAGAGGAGAACAGUGACCCAGAGCCCAAGCACAGGGAUAAGAUCCGGAGUAAAGACGAGUUCAGCCAAGGGGAAAAGCAGCAGCAGCAGCAGGACGUGGCGGUGCUGCAGGACAAGCUGCGCCUCUGCAACAAGAAGCUGGAGGAGUACGAGGCGCGCUACAAGUGCCAGGAGGAGGCCACGCAGAAGCUGGUGCUGGAGUACCAGGCGCGGCUGGAGGAGAGCGAGGAGAGGCUGCGGCGGCAGCAGGAGGACAAGGAGAUCCAGAUGAAGGGCAUCAUCAGCAGGCUGAUGUCAGUGGAGGAGGAGCUCAAGAAAGACCACGCGGAGAUGCAAGCAGCCGUGGACUCCAAGCAGAAGAUCAUUGAUGCCCAGGAGAAGCGCAUUGCCACCCUGGACGCCGCCAAUGCCCGGCUCAUGAGCGCCUUGACGCAGCUGAAAGAGAGGUACAGCACCCAGACCCGUAACGGGAUCUCCCCCACAAACCCAACUAAGUUGCAGAUCACGGAGAACGGCGAGUUCCGGAACAGCAGCAACUGCUAACCACCCGCUGUCGGAGAACGAACGAGGGAUUGCAGGAGAAAGAGAGAGAAAGGAAAGACCUGGGAGGAAAGAGAGAGGGAGCAGACCGCCCCACCGCCCCCCAAGACGUGGCCGGAAGACGGGCCUCCCUCCCUCCCUCCAUCCUCUUCAUCACCAAAGAUGUCUUGUGUGACCGGAAACGCAGAGGGACGGAGGGGGAUGUUGCCGUCUGAACUCGGGAGGACAACAACGGGAAGUGGAUCCCACGCGCAGAACGAUUUCUGACAGAGCGACGGAGGCUCGCUUCUUGCUUCAGCGGCUUCAAGGGACUCCCUCUUCGGGGGGAAAGGCUUGGGGCCGAGGGACGGGCGGAAGGGACAGCGGCACAAAAGGAAAGGGAAGGCGUCUGGCGGGCGCCUCCUUGGUGCCCGGGUCCGGCGCUGACGCAGAGCCCUCUGGCCCAGACUCCGCUCCGUCUCCCAGGAGCUGGCUCAUUGUGGCGCCCCUCGCUUUGGAGCCCGUCCUCUCUCACCGCCGUAGGUCCCAGGCCCACCCAGUUUCCCUAAGAGGAGGGCAAAGACAAUGGAGUGGGGGGCAGGCUUGGGUCGCCAUUCUGCCUCCCUUCUGGCCUUCUCUUUCGGGGGGAGGAGGGCAUUCGACUCCGAGGGUUGUAAGAAUGAGGUGCCAAGGACCAUCCUUUGGGCCCAAGAUCCUCCUGCCAGUCACCAAAGCACUGACUGCCCUUAGCGGGGUGCUGGGAUGGGGCAGGGAUCGCACUCACAGAAGAUCCCCGCUAGUUGGGAUUCCCACCAUGUUGGGGUCAGAAGCUGAGCCAUAUCCACCUGCCAUUGGGGACAGGCCGGGGAAGCGCCAUCCGCCGCAUCUCGCCGCUUGCCAUAGGCUUACUUUCUUCCUGGAGGAAGGGCCCGCAUGAGAAAGUAGGCACACGUAUCCAAAGCCAGGGCUAACUCCAAGCAGGCAGCUUCAGACAGGGUCACAUCUGGCCAGCUUGGCUUGCAAAGGGGCUUCUGGCCUCGCUAGCUCCCCGGCAGUAUUGGGUGGGGGGCAGUCCAGGGCAAGGGGUGGGAGGGAGGCCGCUGGGUAGGUGGGAUGGCCGUGCAAGGAGCACAUGGGUUUCAAGCACAGAAAGCGCUGUGGCAGAGGUGGAGAGCCAGCCUCGCUUGUGGUGCGCCCCUUUUUCCUCUCCUCGUCUGCCACAAACACCUGGUCUUGUGUGUCCAAAUAGUUUGGGGAGGGAGUGAUGCAAUCCUGGCAUCGCCUGACCCCAUGGCAUUGGUUCUCGGGGGGGCUGUUUGGGGGGGAAAUGUCGCUGAAGGAGGAGGAGAGGAAGGGGACAAGAAGAGACCGCCGGGCUGCCUGGAAGAAGCGCCAAGAUCGGUAACGCCUGUCUCUUUUCUUUCACAGUAUGCGUUAGGAAUAGACACAGUCCAAAACCACAUGCAGUCCACUUUCGGGAGUCCUCUCCUCUGGUCAAGGGCAGGGGGAAAGUCACUGCCCCGAAGGCCUCAAAAGGGACUAACCAGCAAGGACAGCCGACACCUGCCGCCCCGAAUAGGGAAGGGCCCGCCAGCGCUACUAACCCCUCCCCCAGACACAAUAAGGCUUGAGGGCGAGGGAAGGGGGCAAGGUGCCUUACUUACGGGGAAGGAAACCGGGACACCCUUGGAUUGAUUCUGCCUGGCUCCGGAAAGCUUUCCGAUGCGUGUGUAGGGAACUGCGUUUGGUGCCUGCCUGCCCGCCCUCCUUCCUUCCCACCCUCCCUCUCCCAAGCAGGGGCCGGUGCAAGAACAAAUGCUCUCCCCCCCCCCCACCAUGGACAUGUGGUUCUGAGCCUAAAUCACAAAACUGAGCCCCAUGUUGUGUGCCCCCCAAUUGCUCCUAGGACCAAACGUUCUGGGUACGUCAGGCAAUGUUUUGGUGCAAAGGGAGCCAAUGUGGGAGCCUCAAAAAGAGGAAAGUGGAGGCUGGGCGUGCAUUCCUUUGCUUUCUUUCCCCCCAAAUACCACUCCGCCACGCUCUGGGCGGACUUUCCUAAGUGCGCGAUGCCAAGGAAGAACUUAUACACGGAACCAAAGCAGGGCAGCCAGAACGCUGCAAAGGUGGUGGAUUCUCCGCAAAAGAAUCCAAUUCUAGGCUGCUCCCUACAAAGGGCAUGGGGGGGGGGGGGGGGAAAGCCGAGGGGGAGGCUCAAGCCCUGCCCACGACACACCACCUGCUGCUGUGGAACGGGCACGGCUGGGCACGGAAGGGGACCCAGUGGCACCCGUGUGGGCCGUGUGUCCCAUUCACACAAAUAGGGUUUCAUGCUGCUGAGGCUGGGCCCCACCUGCAGGCCUCCGUCCCUCCAAGCUCUGGAGGGAGUCCUGUGCACGCUGCAGGUGGUGUUGUGCUGGGUUGUGUGUGCAAAGACAUGCGCAGGCAUGUGAGAAUGGGCCAGUUCCUCUCUGCAACGGAGGCCGAUGUUGCCCUGAAAGCAUCCUUUUGUGCAGCUGGGUUUUGUGGGCCAUUUUUGUGACUUUUCCUAUAGAAUUCGCACCACCUGACCCACAGGUCACAAUGAACUGAAGUCAUGCCAUUUCUUUCUUUUGCUUGUUCUUGAAUGUAUGAUUGCUUAAUGUGCCAUUUCCCACUCGCAACCCGUGCCGGUUCUUGGCCCGUUUCCCUCGUUGCGCCGGGAGGAAACGGGGUCUCAGAGCCACCCAAGCGCCACAAGGAACCGGCCCUCGGUGCUUCCGCAGUGGCCUUCUACGCCAACUUUCACUGGAGAGACCGACGGGGAGGCCUUCCAAAACGCCAGGAAUAACAACCAAAGCCAUGCAGACGCCGCGCUGCCCCCUUGUUUCCCUCUGACCCGGGUGUCUUUGGGGUGUGUGAAGGGGAAGCAAGGACUCUGGGCGUCGUGCGCCAAAACCUGCUGCUCUGAGCCAUUGACUAAUGGAAGCAUGGCCUGCCAAGACGUACGUGUCGGAUGUGGUGCGUAUCCUCUCCUUCCGGUAUACACAAAGACCUCCAUCCAUUUGGGUGGCCCCCAAUAUCCACAAAUAUUCUCAUUCCCAGAAAUGGGUACAGAAGUUGCCCCGGGUUUCGGUUUGGAUGAUUGAGUUCCAGGUAAAAUGUUCUGGGUUCCCAACUGGGAUUGGGUGCCGUGGAUGGUUUCGUUCCCGACCCAAGGGCUGCUCCAGCUCCAAUCCCGUCCAACUUGGGCUAAAGCUGCUGCUCUUCCCAUUCCAGGCGAGACAGAACAAGCGAAUCCGAUAAUGCCUGUCCGAAGUAGAAAGCACUGUCCGACAGAAAGGGAAGCCAACCGAUGCCUGUCACCUUGUUCUAGUUCUCAUCAAGAGUUCCUCCCUCUCUCGUUCCUCCUUCCAAAUGCCUCCAAAGAGCUCCAGAAAAGGAAUUUUUGGGUCAGCCUCCGUCCGAAUUCCAAGGCCCAAAGUGGGGCGAGAAAGGCCCACCUCGAGACCCUUCUUCUCUGAGCCAAAGGACGGAGAUUUCCCCCUGAAAAGCAAGUUGUGUGAUGUUCCCGUCUGGUCCCCGGUGGGUGUCUUGAGGCCACCCACGCCUCCAAGUUUGGGUCUGUUCCCCCCUCAGUUGCAGCACUGUGUCUUACAUACAUACAUACAUAGAUUUAAUAUAUAUAUAUAUACCUCUCUCUCUCUUUCUGUAUAUUCGCUUUGGCCAACCUUUGUUCCCGUUACAGCCGUUUAGAAAGCAAAAUACAUGUUUUAUACCCUCUUAUAAACAAAAAAACAAGCAAAAAAUGAAUUCUUUUGUAAGUAUGUUUCAAAUCCUCACAGUUAUACGAUAUUAUUAUUAAUAAUAAUUCAAAGCUGCGUGGUGGGACUCUCCAUCGCCCCCAGCCACACUUUUCAAAACAAGACAAUGUAAUAAUGUACAGAUAAGUUUGUUGGUGUUAAGAAAAAUUACUAUGUGGCUGUGCAAUUUAUGUACAUUUGCAAUUAGAAAAUAAUAAAAGAUUUAUUUAGCUAUUUUA